UCACCUGAGAAAAUGCAAAGAAAUCGGGAAGAAAACUAGUAUUAGAUCUACAAUCAACGAAAUAUGUCAUUUUUGUGGAUGUCGGUUGGAUUUUAUCACUAACAGCCCAGUCAUCUUGAUGGUCCACCCACCCGCAGACCUGCGCUCUGUGCUGCUAUGAGUUCAAUGGUCAACGCAGCUCAGUACAUCCCACAUACUCCCGCGACAUCAACAACAAUGGCAAACCGUAGUGUGUUUUGGUAGGAGCGUCUUUGUUGGGGCUAGGCGGCCCGAAAACUCUUUCAUUUUGGUCACGAAUCGUUUAUUCUUGUGUUAUUACGGGAGGACCGUUUUCCGUCUUCACAUUGUUUCUGAAAAUGUGCGCGGCGCUGUUGGCGAGCUUACACUGUCCGUGCAUGUGCGUCCCUGCUGCUGCCUUUCCACUGCUGGGCUAGAGCUACUACCCAGCCUAGCCGCUCUCGCUCGGUGUUAGCUUGCAUUAGCCUGGUUGCUCAGAUAAAGAUAUCACAGGCGAAUGUAAAGCGACUUUAUGCGAUUUGGUUUAUAAUCGUUUUUUCUGCGUUGUGCCUCUUAUUACUGCCAGGAGACUUGAUUGGUGUUGUAUGAUUGGCAGUAGAAAAUACUUUGCUGGCUAGCUCGUAAGCUAGCUAUUUGCGUUUUUUCUUCGACUGAAGAAAACGGCGAGUUUUCUUUGAAAGUAUGGAUGACCAGACCAGAAUGCUGACGGGAUUGACCGGACUCAGUGGACUAGCACAAGCCGAUGUCGGCGACCCAGACGCGGUCAGGAAACAGUCUCUUGGCCAGCCUCAGCAAGACAUUGGGGAUAUCCUACAGCAAAUAAUGGCUAUCACGGACGAAAGCCUGGACGAAGCGCAGGCCAGGAAGCAUGCCUUGAACUGUCACAGGAUGAAGCCAGCCCUCUUCAGCGUGCUCUGUGAGAUCAAAGAGAAGACUGUGCUGAGUAUACGAGGCGUGCAGGAGGAGGAUCCCCCAGACCCCCAGAUCAUGAGGCUGGACAACAUGCUUUUGGCUGAGGGUGUGUCGGGGCCAGAGAAGGGAGGGGGCUCGGCUGCGGCCGCCGCGGCUGCAGCAGCAGCUGGAGGAUCGCCCACCGACAGCAGCAUUGAGCACUCAGACUACAGAGCCAAGCUCGCCCAGAUCCGCCAGAUCUACCACUCUGAGCUGGAGAAAUACGAGCAGGCAUGCAGUGAAUUCACCAACCAUGUAAUGAACCUGCUGAGGGAGCAGUCUCGCACACGACCCAUCUCUCCAAAGGAAAUCGAGCGAAUGGUGGCCAUCAUCCACCGCAAGUUCAGCUCCAUCCAGAUGCAGCUCAAACAGAGCACCUGUGAAGCUGUCAUGAUCCUGCGUUCUCGCUUCCUCGACGCUAGGCGUAAGCGGCGCAACUUUAACAAACAAGCCACAGAGGUGCUGAACGAGUAUUUCUACUCUCACCUGUCCAAUCCUUACCCCAGCGAGGAGGCUAAGGAGGAACUGGCCAAAAAGUGUGGAAUCACUGUGUCUCAGGUCUCUAAUUGGUUUGGCAACAAGAGAAUACGCUACAAGAAGAAUAUUGGUAAAUUCCAGGAGGAGGCAAACCUUUACGCAGUUAAAACAGCAGUAGAUGCUGCCAAUGUGUCGGCACAAGCCAGCCAGGCGAACUCUCCUGCAACACCCAACUCAGGAUCACCGGGGUCGUUCACUUUGUCCCACUCAGGGGACACCUACCUCGGCCUGCGUUCCCUCAAUGGGGAGGCCCUCAACAUCGCCCCCUCUCUACAGCCGCAAGUGGAUACCCUGCACCCUGCUACACACCUGACGGCCGGUUAUGAGGAGCUGUCAGGAAGUGCCCUCUAUACCCCUCAUCGCCUGGAUGCUAACAGCUGGCAGGACACCACCAAUACUUCCUCCGUCACCUCCCCUCCCGGUCCUCCCAGCAGCGACCACUCAGACACGUCCAACUGACUCUGGCUCUGUCCACCAUCUUUCCAUUCCAACUGUGGUCUGCUUGACUCACCACCUUCACUACCACGUACUGCGCCUGAAAUCUUCUAGUUCAACUGUGUUAAACAACAACAACAUACAGACUGGACAGCGAUAUAAUAGUCAGCAAAGGAUUGUGGUGCUAACACAUGUGACACUCAAACAGUGUGGUAUGGAGCAAACUGAUGCUGAAGCAACAUCUCUUUCAAGGAUUUUUUUUGGAAAUCUCCGACACCCAGACGUCUUUACAUUACCCAUAUGUGCACGAUACCUUUGAACAUAGAUCUACUCCACAGGACUUUUUGCUUUGGAAAACUGUGCGAUUGCCUGUAUCACUUCAAACAUUGGUUACGUGACAGCCAAACUCUUGAUACAGCCCACCAGGGGCCUCUGCUGUGCUCAACUUGCUCGUACCAAAGUGCUACCCCGGUAGUUGUCAACGCAUCUGUUCCUCUGCCAUCUCAACACAAGACACUGCUGUACCUUUCUAAUAUGUUAUCAGCUUUCCACAUAAACACAGAUAUUUUAAAAUGGUUUUAGAAGUGAGCUAAGAUUCUGUCAAGCACAAAUGUUAGCAUCCUUGUAAUGGGCGUCUUCUAGUAUAAAGGGUAGUCAAAGGGAUCAUGGUUCAAAGUAUAGCAGGAUAAGUAGUAAUAACCAAACUGGAGGGAUGAGGAUCAGGCAGACAGGCGGAGUGGAUGUAAUAACUACAUAGUGCUAUUCGUUGCUAACCAAUAGAGGGUGUUGGUAGAUGGCUCUUAUAUUUCUUGCUUUCUGUCCACUAGUUUAUUUGAUUGUAGGCUAUUUUCUAAUGCUGUUUCACCAAGAAUGCACCAGCCACCACCAAAAAUGAGCUCAAUAUAGCAUCUCUGUGAUGUGAGGAGAGGAGUAUAAGAGGAGAUUGUGGGGCACUGAUGUGUUGUUGGAACAAAUGUGACAUGAACUUAGAAAGUGACAGUCUUCCAUGCAUGUAGGACUUCUAGACGUGAUAUUGUUUUUCAUUACGUUUUUAGCUUCAUUUUUAUUAAUAAAAAAUAAAAGGGUAUAAUUAUUACAGUCAGACCAAAAAGGAAAAACCAUGUAUAGCUACGAUGUGUGUCUCUGUGGGCAUGUGUACAGUGUUGGGAUGUCAUUGUCCACCUGGGGGCGCCCUCUGAUCUUUGUAAGCAUUAAAAACACUGGGUGCUUCCUUCUAAUGGCAAAGUGGGUGGGGCUCAGCUUCAGUGUCCCUCCCAUUAAACCACAACACACUACAACCUUCUGUUGUAAACCAAAAAUACCACAUUCAGCAAUGUAAUAAUGCCACCUUUUUAGUUUGAGGAGAGGGGGACUUAUAUUUGUAUCUCGUCUUUGUGUGCUGUUGUCAUGACUCAAACUGAAAGCGUUUUUUGUUUCUUUUUUGGGGACUUCUUUUGGGUGGAGCAGUGGUAUUAUAUCACAUAUUAUGUCAUUUGAUUGUCAGUGGAGCACCUACUCCAUAAAAGGAUUUGCGUUGCCCUCUUUUUUUAAAAAUACACUAUUAUGGGAAAAAAAAAUUAAAGUUUUUAGUUGAAUGGCCGAUGGGAAAGGGCUUCUCUCUCUCUCCUCUAUUACCAAAAAGAGGCAGUGCUGGGUGUAGUUCUAACUCAUGUUUAAGACAAACCUGCAACUUUUCAGAGGGACUUUAUUCUUUGGAACUAUUUUAUACAUGGUUAUGUGAAUAAUAAAAACACAUUUUGAUAGUUAAGGUAAAGCCUUAUGGAAAUUUCACUUGAGAUUUUGUGUUACAGAGCAAAUCUUGAGGCGUGUCAUGUGAUAUCCAUCAUUUGUUUUCUUCAGUGCAGUUUGUUUAACUGUAUCUUAUAAUCUCAUCAUCACACCAAAUUAUGCUCCCCCUUUUCUACCUGUUAUAAUGGAUGUCACUGUACAGUUUGUGUAAGGUUUCAGUAUUUUUUAUUUUCUUUUAUAAAUGUUUUUUUUUGUUUUUUUUUGUUUUUUGUUUUUAUUAAAAUGCCAGUUUUAUUUGGCUUCGUGUAACACUCACAAUAACUAUCAUUUUAUUUAGGUAUUUUGUUACAUAACUGGGUGCAAAGUGGGGUUUAUUGUGUAACAUUUGAUGCUGUGGAAAAUUAACCAAUGUUUCACUUUUCAUUAAAAAGUUGUCCGACAUUGUUUAAUACCUUUUAAAGUGGCAACCUUCUGUUUUUACAAUACAACUUUGUAAUUACCAUUGUCACUUAAGGCAAAACAAGCGUCAAUGUAGCAUAUAGAUUUUUAUGCAAACAGACUUUCCAACAGUGAUCUGGCUUUUCCAUAGCACCAAAGUGUUGUUAAACCUUUUGAUUUUUGUUUAGUAUCUUUGUAACUUCCCUCUUUUCCUUGUAUUUAUCCCUCUGUCUACCUCUGUCAGUCAUUUUUCUUGUAUAUAACCCCACUUUUUUCAGACCUGCGCGUCUGUACGAACUCCUUUUAUACCUCAACUUUAGAAUUGUUCUAGAAAGAGUAAAACAAAAGGAAGAAUAUGACAAAUUGUAGUGUUCUUAUUAGAAAAUUAAUAAAUGAUUUAGUGUGUUUUUCAGUAUUUGAGUUCAAAAUUUAGGAGUGUUUUAUAAGUUGUCACAAAUGCUCUUGUGAUAGUCAAAUGUAAUAAAAGGAGACACUGCACCACUUGA